AUGAAAAAUAGGACGACUGAAAUUGUAUGGUUGGUUUCGAAUUGUGCAACUCCUAAUCGAAGAAUGGAAAUUGUUCGGAAUAUGGAAAAAAUUGGGAUUAAGGUAUGUAUAUUUUAAAAUUUUUUGAUUAUUUUCAUUUUUACAAUUAGACUUGUUAAACACACAAAAAGUGAGCCAAAGUCCGAUUUUGCAUGAAAAUGGGACCACUCUGGUUCAAUUCAAACACCUUGCAAAAAAAGACCUGAUUCAAAAAUAUUGAAAACAAACAAAUUAUAUAUUUCUCUGACCCUCCGUCUGUAUUUUUAUAGAUUCUCUUCAUUUUUAUCGAAUCAUAUCGAUUUUCCAGAUUUUUUUGUCCAGAAGUCGACAAAAGUCAGUAACUGAUUUUGUUAAAAUGAGAAGUUGUAAACCAGAUUGUUUUCUUUUUUAAUUUUUGUUCUGCUUGUAUGAAUAUCUACAUCUUCUUCAAGAUGUUUAUUUCCAUGAAAAUCCAUUUUUUUUUUCAAUUUUCGAAAAUAAUUUGAUUUGAUUAUUUUUCAAUUAAUUCGUUACAGUAUUCCGAAAGAGGAAGUAAAAUUCGUAAAACUAAAAAAAAGAGGAACUAAAACGCACGCGGAUUCCUCUGCGUUUCCACAACUCCACCACCACUCUCUAUUCCAUUGCAAGCGACACGAAUUGCCGUCGCCAAUCAGUCACGCCUAACUUUAUUGAUUUGGCUGAAAAGCGAAAGUAGCUACAGUAUGUUUUUGGCAGUGAUUCGUCCCCAACCGACUCAACAAUACCAAUGGAUUUUUUUUCUAAUUUUUUUUGUUUUUUGACAACCAUAGAAUGACAAGCAUAACCCCUUACACACUUGUUAGAGAAAUGAGCUGGAGAGCCGACGGAGGAAACGACGUGCCGGCGAACUCUCAGAUAACCGCCGGACAAAAGUUUUAGCAAAAUAGUUUAUGUCAUGCAUUCGCUGGUUCGCUAGCCCAUUUCUCUGAGCCUUGUGUUUUUUCCGACACCUUCUCAAUGUUUUGAAAAAUUAUUUUUUCCCGCUCAGUAUCAGUGAGAACUACAGUUUUGGUUGUUUUCGAACUCAAUGUUAGCACGAAUUCUAACUUUAACGAUUGGGGUUUGUUCUCGUUUUUUCUAUCAAAUUUUUCCGAAAUGAUCCAAAAUUUGAGGCCUAUUGUGAGAUUUACCCUUUUAGUGCUAAAAAUAUUUUUUAGUGAAACUAUUUUGAGAAUUCAACAAAAAUAUCAAAUUUCGGUCAGAAAGCCGGAUGUAUUUUUCUCCCAUAAUUAAGAACACGUAUCAUAAAAACAUUCAAACAAACUUAUUUUAAUAAAUCACGUGAAGACGUGAAAAAAAUGCCACGAUUGAUUUUCCUCAUUAUCAUUUUUUCUCGUCAUUAUUAUUUUUUAUUUUUUUCAAAAAGGCAGCAUAUUUUUGGUUUUACUAUACUCCGUCUUAAAAGUGAAUUUUUUGCCGAGAAAUAUUUUCAUUCAAUUUGAAUCCCCCCGGUAGUAAAUAGUUUAUUUGCAGAUGAAAAUGCGUCAAGACAUUCGGUUGUUUCUAGUACUCCUAAUCUUCUAUUUUCUUUCAUUUUUUAUCCACAAAACUACGCAAGUUUCGAAAGCGCCCACAGUUGUUUUGAUGAAAAAUCCGAGGUCGAUUGAUAUGAGUGGAAACGAAUCACAAAACGAUAAUGAGAAGUGCUUAAAAAUUGAGAAUCUUCAAAAUAACUUGGAUUUUCCUGUAUUGAUUUUGGAUAAGGAGUUUUUGGAGAAGAUUGAAAAUGGAAGUUGUGAACAAAUACGGAAAAUUGAGGUGAGUGGUGCGAAAAUCAGGAAAAGGUGAAACAUUGCUGUUUUUAGGUUGGUGUUGAUGAGAAAUUUGUGCAAAAUCGAGGUUUCCUUCAAGAUCCAAGAUUCAAAUUUGUAUAUUUCGAAAAUUCGACGGAAAAAGAUUUUUUGUAUUUGAAAACUGAACAAAGAACAGUUAUACCCAAGUAAGUUUUUGGAUUUUUGGAAAAAAAAUUUGGAAAUUUUUUUCAGGAAUUUUGAUGUUCGUCAAUUGGGAAAUGUGAUUCUGCCAAAAAACAUUCCUAUAUUUUUGGGAAUUUUGAAAUUUAUAAACAAGAAUUAUCAUUCAAGUUGCAAUUGUGAGGGUUACAAUUUCUGCUAUUCCGAUCCACAAAAUUAUUUAUCAGUUGGCCGAAAAUUCAAUUGCACAAGUUUGCAAGUGUUGAAAAAUUUAGGAAUUCUGAACACCUCUCAAAACUUUGUAGACACAUCAAAACUCUCAAGAGACCCGAAAAAUGUUAUAUUUGUAUCAGCAACUUCUGACGAUCAUUAUCGAUACACCAGAAAUUCGGUAAGUUUUCAACAUUUUAAUUUCCAAGUUUUUUAUAAAUUCGUUGAAAUUUAGAUUCAAUCAAUUCGCAAACACUUGCCAAAUCAAAAAUAUAUUCUCUACAAAAUUGGCUUGGAUCAAUCGAAUAGUAAGAAACUUUUGGAAGAGUUUGAUAAUAUCGAAAUUCGUCAAUUCAACUUUUCAAAUUAUCCGAGCUUUGUGGCAAAUAUUAAAGAAUAUCGAUGGAAAUCAUUGAUCAUUGAUGAGGUUCUACAAGAAUAUCCAAAUGUUUGGUGGAUCGAUGCUCAUGUUUUUCUAAAAUCUGGAGUUUUGACAAAUACGAUUUAUGAAGAAAGAGCCGAAAACAAUGUCACAUCGGAUAUUUUACUUUCAAUUCCAACUUAUCAUAGUAAUUUCGCAGUCCUUCAUACAACUCUUCUUGAAUACUUCCCAACUUCUUCGAUACCUCUUCUUAAAAGUGAAAAAAGUGGAGCUCAACUUGGAACUGGUUUCAUGUACUUCGCAAGAACUCGUCAAACUCUAGAAAUGCUCAAAUGGUGGACUCUUUGUGCAUUGGAUUCAAAAUGUAUGGCCCCGGAUGGUGCAAAACUCACAUGUGACUUCAGUGGAGGUAAAUACAACGUUCAAGCUAAUUGUUUUCGAUACGAUCAAUCGGUUUUGAAUAUUUUAUUGUUGAAUAAAUUCCAAGAUCAUAUUAAUUAUUUCAGUGAUCAUGGAUUUGUUAGUACGGAUUUUGUUUAA